AUGAAAAUUGAGAAAGUCUCAUAAUAUAUUAUAAAUUAGAUAUUCUUAUUCAAUAUUUAGAAAAUGUUAAAGAUAGAUCAUGAAAGUUAAAUUCUAAUAACUUCAGAAAAACAAUAUUGCCCUAAGAACAUUCUGAAUUGA